GUGUGUUUCAUCUCAAAUUUAUUGAGUUUUGGAACGGUUAUAUGGAAUAUGAUGGGGAGACCUAAUGGCCUGAUAUUACAUACAUCAGCAACAUGACAACUUAUAGUUGCAACUUGCAAGCUCCUUUUGCUCGACUCUACAAAUCUAAAACGUCAAUAUUUGAUCGAUACGGUUACUGCAAACCAUGCGCAUCAUCUCCUUUACUUGAGAACUCAGUACCCAACACAGUUGGAAAUUCUGUAAUGGUUCGAAAAUAAUUUAGUCGACUUUGAAUCAUUCUUUGAUACAAUGUUACGAAUACAUUUUCCUUUGUUAUUCAGUCUUUGGUUAAAUACUGAUUCAAAAGAUUUACCAUCCAACGGUUUAAAUGUUUGAAGGAUUAUUUUUCUAUAUUUUAGUGUUCGAACUGAUUCAUUUAUUUUCCACAUUGUGUUUUUAUCCAUUUGUAAUGUUUUUUGCCAAUAUUAUUAAUGUACUCUCUAUCAAUAAUGUUCUACAUAUUCUUCUAUAUUAGUAAUAGUGUUUAAAUCCAUGUGUAUAUUUCUACGUUAAAUAUUAAUAUUUUUAAUCAUAGUAUUAGAAUUUUUGUCCAUCUAAUUAAUGUUUGUAUGAACCUCGUUGAUGAGACAACGACAUCAAUUAUUAAAUAUAAUUCUGUUAUUGUCAACGUGUUCAACUAUAGAAGAGCACUGAUGUCACCUAUAUUAAGGUAACUGUUCUCAAAAUUUUUUCCCAUUAUGAUCAAGGUUUUUGACAAUGACCUAUAAACGUAUCAAUGUUGAUACCAUGGAAAGUCUUUGUAGUCAUGUUAUCAAUGUUGGUGGUGCUUUCUAACCCACUUCAAAACUGUUCUGAAAAGCAAAUCAAAGAGUUAUGUGGUGAUUGAAUCCAACGAAGAGAACUACAAACAUUGGCCAACUUGUUAUUGUCAGUAAAAUCUCAAAAGUUAUUAACAGCUCGUUCUUUUGGUAGGAUAUACCUAAAUUAAAUAAUUAGACAAAUAUGCUUUUCAAGUUUUCAUAGCAACACAUUAAUGAAACAUAGCCUGUUUUCAAUUUUUAAAUCAUAAGCUAAUGAUACAUCGUUUAAUACAUGGCGGAUAUGGGUAUUGAAGCAUCCGGCCAACCCCAUUGCCAUCGCCACCAUAUUUAGAGUUUAGACCGCCACCCACCCAAUACCUGCUUCAAUCUUGAUAGUAAAAUUGCAAGACAUGGUUGACCCUCUCCACCCACGUAGUGAUGACAAGGGAAUGGAGCGGGUACCUCAACAUCCAUAUUCGUCCCACACAUGCACAAGUCGGGACGAGUCUACCCACUUUUACAUGUUAGUUGAAAAAAAUGUAAAUUUUUUAUUUUCACGAUAAAAUGAAUAAAAAAUAAUUUAUAAAUGAAAAAUAGUGACAAUUGAAUCUAGCUAAUUGAAGAAGAGUCAAAAUAAAAGAAAUAUGAAGAAAUAUUAUACAAAAUUAAAAUAUAAUAAGACAAGAACUGUGCGAAACGGGUAAAAAAACGGGUCAAAAGUAAACAAACAAACUCAUCGAUCAAGUAAUACCCACCCUAUUCGAGGUCAGAUCAGAUAAUAUUUAGUGAAAUGGGUUCAAAUUGCCAUCCUACACCCACGGCGUUAAAAAUGAUGUUGAAAAACUGUAGUUUUGGAGGAAAAGCCUUUUGAGUUUUGAUCCGAAAAUUUCUGGGAAAUCGGCGCCAAAUAUUUCGCAGGCAAAUAAACCCGCAUUCUCGAAAUCUAAAAUAUUCACUCUUCCCGCUCACUUUCCCACCAUUUCCAUUUUGCAGUCUUAGUUUCCCGCUUUUUUUGCAGGUAAUUAACCCAAGCGACGCGAUUCUUCCAUUCAUCUUUUGCUGUUCUUGCGCAGUUUAUUACAGCUCUCCCGCUCUUCCUUCAGCGACGCUUUGGAGGCUGCGUCUUGAGAGGAGAGGGAGCGUUAUCUUUUUUUCCCUACCAGUCAAGUUGAGUUCUGGACAAACGCAAAAUCAGCUGAUUUUAGGGUUUUUGGCUCAAUGGGCUCGGCAUCACUGUUGAACUCGGGAAUCCCUGAUCCGGAAGCUAAUGGUAUAUCGUCGUCCGCAUCAGGAAGGAAAAAGAAUAAAGGCAAUUCAAUGCCUUCAGAUUCGAAAGCUAAAAAGGUUGCAACAAAAGGCAAGAAGCGAGGGACUUGUCAGAAAAAUGAAACUCAUGCUUCCCCUCCAAAACGACCUAGGCGGGCUGCUGCACAUGUGGAUUUUAGGGAAAAACCCGUAGAAGUGAUUGAUGAGUCCUCACUUAUAGAAUCAAAGAAAGAGCAAGUUGUUGAUGAACUCCUUGCUGUUCGUCUGACUGAAGGACAAGAAAAUGGUCGUCCAAACAGGCGAUUGACUGAUUUCAUAGUGCACGAUGAAGAUUUUGCUCCACAGUACCUGGAGAUGAUUGAAGUGAGUGAUAUGUUUCUUUCUGGUGUUAUAUUACCCCUUGAUGAUUGUAUUGGCGAGGGUAAAGCAAAGCGUGUGCGUUGUGAAGGUUCUGAAAGGAUAGAAGAGUGGGACAUUUCUGGCUAUGAAGAUGGCUCCCCAGUUAUAUGGCUUUCAACAAAUAUUGCUGAUUAUCAUUGCAUUAAACCGGCAAGUAGCUACCGGAAGUUUUAUGAUCUCUUUUUUGAGAAAGCCCGUGCUUGUAUUGAAGUGUACAAGAAGUUGUCGAAAUCAGCUGGUGGAAACCCUGACCUCACGUUAGAUGAGUUGGUUGCUGGGCUUGUGCGAUCUUUCAGCAGUAGCAAGUGCUUUUCUGGAGUAUCAUCCAUUAAAGACUUUGUUAUCUCGCAAGGCGAGUUCAUAUACAACCAGCUUAAAGGGUUAGACGAGACAUCCAAAAAUAACGAACUUAGAUUCUCGGAGAUGCCUGUUCUUUUGGCUUUAAGAGAUAAGAGCCAAAAACAUGAUAAUCUUAUACUGGAAGGAGCAGUUGGUUUCAAGGGGAAUCUGGUCAUUGAACCAACAGUUGAUGUCAAGAAGACUAAGUUGGAUCCCUUGAGUGGAUCUGCUGCAACAGUUGAUGAAGAUGAGGAUGCUAAACUAGCCCGUUUGCUGCAACAAGAGGAGUUAUGGGGUUCCAUGAAACAGAAGAAAAGAAAAGGUUCAUCCUCCAUGGCUAAUGCCAUCUACAUCAAGGUCCAUGAGAGAGACAUAGCAGAUGAUUAUCCUCUCCCUGCAUACUACAAGCAAACAGUUGAAGAAACUGAUGAAUAUAUAGCCAUUGACGGUGAUGAUGUGAUUAAUCCUGAUGAUCUCCCAAGGAAACUGUUGCAUAAUUGGUCACUUUAUGAUUCAGACCUAAGAAUGAUGUCCUUGGAGCUUCUCCCAAUGAGACCCUGUGAAGAUAUUGACAUCACUAUUUUUGGGUCUGGUAUGAUGACAGAAGACGACGGGGGAGGAUUCUGUAUUGAAGAUGAUCUCAAUCAGUCUUCUUCAGGUUCUGAGGUUGAAAUGGGGUUGCCAAUUUUUUUGAGUGCUAUAAAGGAAUGGAUGAUUGAGUUCGGAUCCUCAAUGGUUUUUGUGUCAAUUCGAACAGACAUGGCAUGGUACAGACUUGGGAAGCCAUCAACACAAUAUGCACCGUGGUUUAAGACAGUACUUAAGACUGCAAAACUUGGCAUAAGCAUCAUCUCACUGUUGAAGGAGCAAAGCCGAGUAUCCAAACUUUCUUAUGCAGAAGCUCUGAAGAAAGUUUCAGAGUUCAAGAAAGAUCAUGUUUCUUACAUUUCCUCUGAAGUGGCAGCUGUUGAGAGAUUUACUGUUGUGCAUGGACAGAUACUUCUGCAGCUCUUCGAUGAAUUCCCUGAUGUGAACAUCAAAAGAAGUGCAUUUGCUACUGGGCUUACAAAUAAAAUGGAGCAGCGUAAGCAUAUAAAAUGGGUUGGAAACAAGAAGCUGAUUUUGCAGAAGAGUCAAACUAAUCUGAACCCUCAAGCUAAUAUGGGUCCUGUGGUGUCUAAGAGGAAGGCUAUGCAGGCGACGGCAACGAGAUUAAUUAACAGAAUUUGGGGAGAAUACUAUUCCAACUACUCACCGGAGGAUUUGCAAGAAGAAACAACUGAGAAGGUCAAAGGUGAACAUGAAGAUGAGGAGCAAGAGGAUAAUGAGGAGGAUGCUGAAGAGGAGCCAUUAAUAGUUUCAGAGGAAGUGCAGAAGCCAUCCCCUAUAUCGAUGAAAGUUAGAUCGCAUGAUAGGAAGUUAGAAGUAAGAUGGGAAGGAAAUUCAGUCGGCAAAACUCUUCUUGGUGAACCUAUUUACAGUAGAGCCAUUGUCCAUGGGGAGGUCAUUGCACCUGGGGGUUAUGUCAUGGUUGAUGAAUCUGAUGACUUUCCUGCCAUCUACUUUGUUGAGUACAUGUUCGAAACUUCUGAUGGCACCAAAAUGUUCCACGGAAGAAUGAUGCAACAUGGUGCUGAGACCGUUCUUGGAAAUGCAUCCAAUGAAAGAGAGGUCUUCUUGACAAACAGUUGCACAAGUUAUUCAUUGCAGGAUAUUAAGCAGCCUGUUGUUGUGGAAAUCCGUAAAAUGCCAUGGGGUCAUAAUUUUCGGAAACAGAAUAUAAAUGCUGAUAGACUGGAUAGAGAAAGAGCUGAAGAAAGGAAAAAGAAAGGUUUGCCAUUGGAAUAUUACUGUAGAAGUUUGUACUGGCCAGAGAAGGGUGCGUUCUUCUGUCUUCCAUCUGCUGAAAUGGGUCUUGGUUCUGGUGAUUGUAACUCAUGUAAAAUUCGAGAGGUCGAGGAGGCAAAUGACAAGUUCAAAGUCAAUUCUUCAGGCACCGGAUUUGUGCUUGGAGGAAUCCAGUACUCUCUUCAUGAUUUUGUUUAUGUUCAGUCAGAGAACUUUGUGCGAAGGAAGGAAGCUGGAACUUUCAAGGGUGGAAGGAAUGUAGGGCUGGAAGCUUAUGUGGUGUGCGAAUUGGUAGAGAUCAAUGUGGAAAAGGAAACACGACAGACUAGUGAAAGGUCUACCCAGAUUAAAGUUCGAAGAUUUUUCAGACCAGAGGACAUUUCAUCUGAGAAAGCUUACUGUUCUGACAUCCGUGAGAUAUAUUACAGUGAAGAAACACACAUUUUACCUGUCGAGGCGAUAGAAGGAAAAUGUGAAGUAAAAAAGAAAACUGACCUUCCAGCUUGCAGCGGUACCACAGUUUUGGAUCACAUCUUCUUUUGUGAGCGUCUAUAUGAUCCUUCUAAUGGUUCGCUUCGGCAGUUGCCAGCUAAUAUCAAAUUGAGUUAUUCCAGAAUGGGUGACAAUAAUGAUGUUGCUUCUAGGAAGAGAAAGGGUAAGGGUAAGGAGGGAGACAAUGAUGUGGAAGUGGAGAAACCAAGAGAAGAAUCUCAAGGGAACUGUUUGGCCACACUUGAUAUUUUUGCUGGGUGUGGUGGCUUGUCUGAAGGGUUGCGACAAGCUGGUGUGUCUAUGACGAAGUGGGCCAUUGAGUAUGAAGAGCCAGCAGGGGAAGCAUUCAGACUUAAUCAUCCUGAAUCAUUGGUGUUUGUCAACAAUUGUAAUGUCAUUCUCAAAGCGGUGAUGGAGAAAUGUGGUGAUGCAGAUGACUGCAUUUCAACUGCAGAGGCUGCUGAAUUGGCUGCAGCUCUCGGUGAAAAUGUCAUUAAUGACUUACCACUUCCAGGACAGGUGGAAUUUAUCAAUGGCGGACCUCCAUGUCAGGGAUUCUCUGGGAUGAACAGGUUUAAUCACAGUACUUGGAGUAAAGUUCAAUGUGAGAUGAUCUUAGCGUUUCUAUCCUUUGCUGAUUACUUCAGACCAAAGUAUUUCCUCCUCGAGAAUGUGCGGAACUUUGUCUCUUUCAAUAAAGGACAAACAUUUCGUCUAACUCUGGCUUCCCUCCUUGAGAUGGGUUAUCAGGUGAGAUUUGGAAUUUUGGAAGCCGGAACGUUUGGCGUUUCGCAGUCACGGAAAAGAGCUUUUAUAUGGGCGGCCUCACCUGAGGAGGUUCUCCCAGAAUGGCCAGAACCUAUGUAUGUCUUUGGUGGGCCCGAGUUGAAAGUCUCUCUGUCUCGGAAUUCAUACUAUGCUGCUGCUAGAAGCACUGCUGGUGGAGCUCCGUUUAGGGCUGUAACUGUAAGAGAUACCAUAGGUGAACUCCCGGCUGUGGCCAACGGUGCCUCUAAGGCAACACUGGAGUAUGCAAAUGAUCCAGAAUCGUGGUACCAAAAGCAAAUUCGAGGUAACAUGGCUGCCUUGACAGACCAUAUAUCUAAAGAGAUGAAUGAGCUGAAUCUCAUUAGAUGCAAGAGGAUCCCUAAGCGCCCUGGUGCUGACUGGCGUGACCUACCUGAAGAGACGGUGGCUUUGUCAAAUGGUCAGAAGGCUGAUCUCAUCCCAUGGUGCUUGCCAAAUACUGCUGCUCGGCACAACCAGUGGAAAGGACUGUUUGGGAGGCUGGAUUGGGAAGGGAAUUUCCCAACCUCAAUUACAGAUCCUCAACCCAUGGGGAAGGUGGGGCUGUGCUUUCAUCCUGAUCAAGACAGGAUCGUUACGGUGCGUGAAUGUGCUCGAUCUCAAGGUUUUCCAGACAGCUAUCAGUUCUGUGGCAACAUUAUUAGCAAGCACCGUCAGAUUGGAAAUGCAGUGCCCCCUCCAUUGGCGUAUGCGUUGGGAAGGAAGUUGAAGGAAGCACUUAACAGCAAGAGGGCCAGAUAGAUAGUGUUGCGUUGAACUUGUAACUUUAUUUUCUGCUGAACUUUAUUUUGUGGAACUGAGAUCGGUGCAAGAACUGAUUCUGUUACAGUCCAAGACAGCGUUUCAAUGGUGAUGAGUGUAGUUACUAAGGCUUGUUCAAGAAAUUUGGCAGGAAAAAAUUGUUUACUUUUCAUAUUGUUUUUGUUUUUGUUUUCAACUCUUAAAACAGAAAAUGGUAGUUUUAUGAUAUUUCUAGUAACAAUAAAAUGUUGUUUCCACCAACUUUUAACAUAUGUUUACUCAAAACUUUAGCGAAAAAACUUUUUUAUUUAAUUGAUGAGAUGAACUAUUCUCAUGACAUCAAUGAUAAUUAUUUUUUAAUUUUUUUACUUUAAUAUUUUAAACUUUAUCUUUCAUCUAACUUUUAUCCUUUUUAUUAUAUAGAAAGGUCUCUUAUAGAUUAUUUGGAACCAAAUGCAUGAAGAAUUACAAAGACAAGUAAAUUCCUAAAAUAUUAAUAGAAUUCUCUUAUACCAGAAGAUAUGUUAUAAUUCAUUUCAAAAAGUCACUAAACAUCUAUCUAGUUGUUUCCUAAUAAAAUAUUUCUCCCCUUUUAUUCUCCUUUUAUUAUUCAAUACUUUUUAUUUGGGUAAAUUGCAAGGUUGGUCACUGAGAAUACUAAAAACAUUCAUGUUUGGUCACUCGAAAUAUUUAAAUCUAUUCAUGGUCACUUAAAUUAGUAAAACCGUCCAAGUUUGGUCACUCUCCGUUAGUCUCCGUUAAUGCCGUCAGUUAUUAACCAUGAACUAUUUACUUCUUCAGUUUCUGGUUGGAGUUGGUUAACAAAGUAGAGAGGAAUUAAUUUCUGGGGGUGGAGAAGUCAAGGGAAGGAUGCUGAGUAAAUACUGGGAGGGGAGGGAAACCCUCCUUUAGUUGACCAAACCAAAGAUAUAGUUAUCGACCCCUGCUAAAGCUUCCCCUUCCUUCAUCUCUCGACCCCCUGCUACUCGAUCUGCUUCCCUAGCUCUCCAUCUAAUCCUCUUUCUUCCCCACUCAUCUGUGGUACAUGUGUUGGCCUCCUCUUUACUAGCUUGGCGUACAUCAAAAUUGUUGUCGUCGCCACCACGCACGACCAAAGCUUGGUACUCUGCUCCUUUUUCUUGAAUCCGUAUCCACGAUCUCACUCCCUCCUCCGUCAUUCUGGGAUUCAUUCACGGCGGCAGAAGUCUAGACGAAGAACUCCUACGCGGAGCCAGAUCGCGGGCUGCCUCUCACCUGCCUCUUUUUCUCCUCUUUGUUGGAUGGGAUCUCCUUAAUCCCUCUGCCUCCUCAUGGGAUUGGAUUAUCGAAAAUCUGGUACUGGUGGGCAGCAGGGGAUUCACUAGAUCUAGACAUGGUUAGGUAGGUUUUGAUUCGAGGGUUGGUCGGGUUGGGUUAGACAAGAUGACAUGGCGGGUUAUAGUGACAUGGAUGGUCGGAUUUCACUAUUUUUGGGUUAGAUUAGACUGAUUAAGCGAUUCCGUUAGCCACGUCAGCACAUAACGAUCUUGGUUAACGGAAAUGGAUGGAGACUAACGGAAGUGACCAAACUUGGACGGUUUUACUAAUUUUAGUGACCACGAAUGGAUUUAAAUAUUUUGAGUGACCAAACAUGAACGGUUUUUGUAAUCUCAGUGACCAACUAUGCAAUUAACCCCUUUUUAUUUUAUCAUUUUUCUUAGGGGUGGGCAACGGGACGGGAACGGGUACCCGUCCCGUUUGAAACGGGUACCCAAUCCCAUUUGGAGAGAAAACUCCAUCCCAUGUCCCAAACCCGUAUGGGUAACGGGUACCCAUUACCCGUACGGGACGGAUAACGGGUACCCGCGGGUACCCAUAAUAAUUAAGCUACAAUAACUAGGCUACAAUAAUUAGGCUACAAUAAU